GACGACGACGGCGACGACGACAUCCAAGUAUCGUGACUCCGUGCCAGGGACGAUGGAGGACAGCUACAUGGUGCACCGGCGUCGCAAAGCUGCUGCCAGGCGUCGUGAGAAGACAACCGAAGUCAGAUAUCGUAGCGACGAGGGAAACCCCAGCGCCGACGGACGCCAGUUGAAAAGCGAGGACACCAUUUCGAUGGAUGAGGAGGAGGAGGAAAGACGCGCACGAAUGGAGCGGAUGGUCGAGGAUACGGAGCGUCUGGAGAAGAUCAUGUACAGUGAGGAGGACAGGUCAAGGUCAAGGUCCCGACAACGUCAGCCCGAGAAGUCGAUGCCCAUGGUCAUGUCAUCAGCAGUCAGCAGAAUCGGCAGAGCCGAGGACAUUCUGCAAGAAGACGAAUCGAAAAAUCAAGAACUUCCUGUAUCGAGAAAUGCCGAGUUAAGCGUGCAAGGUCAGGAACAGGAAAUGAUACUCGACUGUCACCCCUCGAUUAAGGUAACCAGAAGGUCACGCAAAUCGGGGAAUAACAUGGAGCUCAGGAGAAGGAUGAGCUCCCCUGAAUCCAGUAAUAAUCAAGUGGCUAGACAUCCGUCAUCGUCUCCUUCAAGGAAUAUGAGUCCCAACGAGGAUGAACAAUCACAUCGAAGUAGCAGUAAAAGGCGUGUGAACAAUCGUCAUCUUUAUCAAAAUCCUUCGAAUAAAGAUCAAUCACCGGUUUCAAUGGAAGAUUAUAAUCGUCGUAGAUCAGCCUCUAAAUCAGCUAAAAAGCAAAUUAUACCGUUGAACAACAAUUGUCUUAUUGCUGAUGUGGCUAAAGCGAAAUGGGCUUAUACUCGCGAUGAAAUUUUUGAUUACGAUGAUUAUAAUGAUUACGAACGGGAAGAGGAUGAUGAUGAAUAUAUUAAAAGACGUAAAAGAGAAUCGAUGAUGCGAAGAAGGAAAGCUAGCAUCGUGCAUUCGGAUGAUGAGAGAGAAGAGAUAGAAAAAAGCGCUAAUAAGUCCGCCUCUUGGCUUUCAUGGAUUCCGUUUUUUCGAAGCAAUAAACAGAAAGUCGACGAGAGAGCCAAGAAAAGCGAAAGCAAUAAACUGAAGAAGAAGAUGGAAAAACGGGCUAUGGAAGUGUUAUCAUCAGAAGAGAAACUGGAGAAGGCGACAUUAGAAACAACCAAACAACCUUCCGAUAAAGUGACCUUCCGUGAGCUCUUCCGGUUAAUUUGCGACAUGGGCGCCGAAUUCCGUGAAUACUGUCGUCAAAAUCCUCGGGAGGUGCGAACGAUAAUCGAAUUGCGCAAUCUAUGCAUCGUCGAGACAAUUAUCGUUGUAAUUGUUUGUGGCUUGGGGGGCUUCAUAUUUCGCUUUACCGAAGGUGCUUUCGAGUCCUUUUACAAAUGUGGCGUGAAACGCGUGAAAAGAGACUUUUUGGAUAGUCUAUGGUAUCACAGCCAUAACAUGAAAGAAGAUGACUGGAAGAGUAUGGCAAGAAGAAAGUUAAUGGAUUUUGAGGAACAACUGCAUACGGCACACGAGGCUGGGAUCCAGACCUACAGUGGACAAAGAAGUUGGAGCUUUUUAAACGCCAUGGUCUACUGUCUCACCAUCGUCUCGACAAUUGGUUAUGGACACCUUUCCCCAAGUACAACCACGGGCAGAGCAUUAACUAUAAUUUAUGCGAUUUUUGGCAUUCCAAUGUUCCUCAUUGUAUUGGCUGAUUUUGGAAAAUUAUUUACCAGAGGCAUCAAAUUUCUCUGGGCCUUUGUACGUAGAUUAUAUUAUACUGGAAGUUGUCGCAAAGUGAGAAGAACCGUUCCGAUGCAGGAGAUGAUGAAAGGCGUGCAGCUCGUUUACGAUCUGGCGACCUUCAGACGCUCCUCGCAGAUGAGCCCAGAGGAGCUCGCCGAGAUGCAAUGUCAACAACAAACAGUACUUAACCUUGAUGGUAGUACACCCCAGCAAGCGGAUUCGCCCUCCACGCCGGCAAUGUCGACUUUUGAAAUAGACGACGAAUUUAAUUUGCCCAUUUCCGUGGCUAUCACAAUACUCAUCCUAUACAUCUUUGUUGGCGCCAUGGUCUUCAAUGUUUUCGAGGAAUGGUCGUUUUUCGAGAGUUUUUACUUCGUCUUCAUAUCCAUGAGUACCAUUGGCUUCGGUGACUUUGUCCCACAAGAUCCACUUUACAUGAUGCUGUCAAUAGUAUAUUUAAUUUUCGGACUUGCUUUAACAUCUAUGUGCAUCAAUGUUGUUCAAGUGAUGUUGGCGGAUCAAUUUAAGCAUGCGAGUCAAAAAAUAGGAGCAUCCAUCGGCUUCCAAGUAUCGGAAGAAGAUGGUUCCCUGAAACCGGCAGCACCAGAUCCGGUCGAGGUGGCCGAAGAUCAUAGUGCGAUCGGGGUACCGAGUACAGCAGCAGAAACCGAUUCCAAAGAUAAAGCCGCACCCAAGGCCAAGCAAGAAGAUGACGAACUCUAAAUUAUGACAUCUCGAUUAUAGGAUUAUACGAAUCGCGAAUUAAAUCUUUUAGGAUGGAAAGUGCUUUCAGUCUAGUCACUAUUGUCUUCGCAAGUCAGAAUAAGAUUUCUAAAAAGUUAGUGACGAUGAUAUUACAUGUAAAUAUUAUUAAUAUUUUUUCUGCUUGUGAUACCUCGAAAGUCCACUCUUCAAUUUUUUAUUCUAAAAGAUUUAUCGUGUAUCGUUAAUAAAACGGAAUGAGCACUCGAGCUUUUAAAUAUCACGAUUUCUUAAUAUAUGUACGAAUAUUUAUCACAAAUGUGCGUAUAACAUAUAAAAGCAUAUAAAAU